CCCGCCGCCCCGCACACCCAGGCCACGAGGUCCCCUUCCCCGCACGGGCACGGCAACACUGCACCAGCUCCACCCACCAGCGCGCAGUCCAUGGCGAUCCGGAUGAGCAACAACGUGAUCCGCGCGCUGACCCUGGUGACGCUGCUGCUCUCGGUGCCCAUCAUCGUCACGGGCGUCUGGCUGCGGUCGCGCGCCGACGGCACCGAGUGCGACCACUUCCUCCUGUCCACGCCGGCCAUCGCGCUGGGGACGGUGCUCAUGGCCGUCUCCCUCUUGGGCCUCGCCGGCGCCUGCUGCCGCGCCACCUGGCUGCUCUGGCUCUACCUCCUCGCCAUGCUGGCCCUCAUCGUCGCGCUGCUCUGCUUCACCGUCUUCGCCUUCGUCGUCACCAGCACGGGCGGCGCUGGGGAGGCCGUGUCCGGCGCCGGGUUCAGGGAGUACCGCCUCGGCGACUACUCCACCUGGCUGCGGCGCCACGUCGAGGGCCGCAAGAACUGGGCCAGGAUCCGGAGCUGCCUCGCCGACGCGCACGUCUGCAGGCGCUUCCUGGAGGCGGAGGAGGAGGAGGAGGAGAGCAAGGACGCGAACGCGGCGGGUGGUCUGGCGCGGCUCGGCGGCCUCUCCCCGGUCGAGUCCGGGUGCUGCAAGCCGCCCGCGAGCUGCAACUUCACGUACGCCGGCGGCGGCACGGAGUGGACGACCAAGACGAAGGCGGCGGCAGGGGCAGGAUCCGCGCCCGCCGCCGGCGCCGACCCGGACUGCGGCAAGUGGAGCAACGACGAGGACGACCUCUGCUACGGGUGCCAGUCGUGCAAGGCCGGCGUGGUGGACGCGCUCAGGCGGGACUGGAAGCGGGCCGCCAUUGUUAACGUCGUCAUCCUCGCCUUCGUCGUCGUCGUUUUUUCCGUCGGUUGUUGUGCCUUCAGGAACAGUCGCCGGGACAACUACGCCUACCACAGCGGCCGCGGAUGGAAACGAAGCGGUGACGCUUAAUCUAACUUCUAAUAGUCUGUAGAGAUGAUUGAUUUGCUAGCUGCUGGCUGCUGAUGUAGGUUCCCUAGGAUCUGCGUUCAGUUUACCAUUAGCUUAAUAGCUUGUACAUUAGUCUAGUUGUCUGUAUGAAACAGAUAUUCAGUUGUACACUCUGGGAUUUCUUAAUUCCAUUUCCAAAUCCCAUUUCCUCUUUGUUCAUGCACACAUUUUACCUUUUUUGCA